CUCGGAGAUCACUAGUGCGUCGUGAUCGCGCUACGAACAACGUAUUAUAUCCUAUCCAAAAUGAAAAUUGCACUAGUAUUAUUAGUUUGUGUGGCGAUAUGUCGCGCCGACGACUUGGCACAUGCCGCGGGCCAAAUCUUCAACAACAUUUUGCCCAACUUGAUCAGCAACUCUGUGACCGGCCAGCAAGGGAACACAGCGACGAACACCCUUCAGCAAAUAGGCACAGUGGUGGGUGGCGUCGUGGACUAUGCCAAGAAGAAGAGCUACGAGGACCUGCUGCGUCAGGUGCAGGACUCCACCACAGAUGAAGACAUUCUGCGUGUGAGUGAGGAAAUGUUUAACGCGGAUAUCAACAAUGCUUUGCCGUACAUCCAAGUUAAUCUGCAAGGCAAGACCAGCCCUCUAUCGAAGGACGACCAAGCGCCACAAAACCUCCUGAGCGUGCCUGAGAACGUGUGGAGUGGACCAACAAUCAGACCUUUUGUUGCACUCUUCGACAAUUACCACAAAAACGUGAUAAGACCAGAGUUCGUCACGCCCAAUGAGGAAACGGAACAAGUCACUUUUAUCAACACGAUCCUUGCGACCGGGCCAAUUAGGAGUCUGAUGAACUUUUUGGUUAGCAAAGGACUUACCCAAAUGAACGAGUACAACGAGCAAGUGGAGCUGCUGAAGAAGAUCUGGUUCACGAAGUACGCGCGGCACUGGACGGGGCUGUGCAAGUGCAGCUGCGCCUUCGAGAACAUCUUCAUGGCUGAGCUCAAGUCCAACGACGUGCUCGGCCUCCACAGCUGGUUGUUCUUCGCUAAGCGCGAACAAGAUCGCAAAGCCAAUUACUUGGGCUACUUGGAUAAACUAGAUCUGUCCGGGAAAGGAAUGAUCUUGAAGCAGCACUCAAUCCUGAGUGAGACUAAGGACGCGCCCGAGGUAACCAUGUUCGUGGGCACGUCUCCCGAGCUGGAGGUAGCUCUGUACACCAUGUGCUUCAUGGCACGGCCCGACAGGCCCUGCCGGCUGCGAUACAACAACAUCAACUUCUCCAUACAGACCAAAACCUUAAAGUCAGAAAAUGUACUCCUCAUCGACACUGCAUACCCCUUCUACUAAGAUACUAAGCUUCUUUGUAAUUAUUAUUAUUUAUGAACAAUAUUUUAAGACACUCACACUGCUUCUCUAGGCAAAUUUAAGCUCUCUCAAUAGUCUUGAUAACGAUAAUUACACGAGUUAUGUAUUUAUAAACUUUAGAACAAAGAUAACGCUAGAACAAGCGAGUUAUCAGGCCCCGAUCCGCGGGUCUUGCCCCUUGAUAAACAUGUUGUUAAAUGUGAAAUCUCGCAACAUCCCAUUUUAAGACGAGAUAAUGUAUGAUAAAAUAAUAAAACCAAUUCAGUGUAAA